AUGGCUGUAGCUUUGUACCUCUCUGAAACUAGAGAUCAUAACCUCAUCCUACUUGAAGAUACUGUGUCCGGUUCCUUCUUCUUAGUGGGGAAAUGGAUGAGGAAGUGUUGGGCUGAGAGAACGUAUGCCAUCAGAAGGAUAAGAGAUGCCUUCAGAGAAAACAAGAAUAUAAAGGAUUCUGAAAAAAUAGAAGAACUAGUGAAUAAAGCCAAAGCAAACCUAGAGGUUAUUCAUCGGCAGGUUACUAUCAGCCAACUGUAUUCCACGCAGAAAUUGGUUAUUGAGAAUCCAGGAAACACAUAGCUGUGAGAAGACUCUGAUCCUGAAGCAACACUGGACCAUCUGCAGCAUCCUACAGUGCCACAUAGAGAUGCGUAAACUCACUGCACAUGUCAGCUUUUCUGUUUAGCAGAAGAAAUGCCCGAGAGACUCAGUUUUUGGCAAGCAAAGUUGUAUUUUCUAAUGGUUCACAUGUUCUCAAUUCUAUUGCUGUGAUUUAUAAUAGCAUAUAAGGUAAUCUCAAAAUCUGUGCUUGUAUGUCCCAUGUGAUGGAAUAGUUCCUGCCCUACUUUGACAAUAAAACUUCGUUAAACUACCUGUAACCAGAUACAUUAUUCUGCUGCUGACCUUGUCUCUCACUGAGCACAAAAGAUAUGCUAGAUUUAAAAAGCCUUACCCAGAUACUGGGACUUAAGUUCUUGUUGAUCCUAUUUCAUUUAAAAAUAUGCUGCAUCUGAAUUAAAUUACAAAAUACAUAGUUAAUUUUAAAAAUUAAAAACAGAGGUGAACAGUUUUCAUCUCCUGGACAAGCUGCAUUGUGUAAUUUCUUUAACGUGCAUCUCCUGACAUUUCAGGAGGUGACAUAAAAAUUUCACUAGUUCUUUCUUGAGUUUUCAAGAGUUAAUAACCAGUCUCAUCCUCCCUUUAACAAUUAACAGAUCAAAAUAACAGAAUGUAAGAAUUGCAUCACCAAGGCUUGGGAGCUUUAAAAUGUAUUUUCACCACGGAGUCCUUUUCUAAAUUUGUUAAGUUGCAGCUAUUAGCAGAAAGCACCACAUCACUUUAUGCAAAAUUUCCCUUUUUCACAAAGCUCCUGAAUUUUGCAGGAGAAAAAGAACCUAACUACUACAAUAACUAGCACUGUAGGUCAUGAACAGGCAGCAAGCUUUGCCUAGCAAAAGUGGAACCCUCAAGUAUAGUGUUCUAUUGAUUAUUAUUAAAUCUGUAAAAUAAUCAACACUUUUAAGAGAGUAUGUUAAAAAAAAAAGCAAGCAAAAAUUUUGAUCAGGUUCUAUUCAAGUCAUUGCUGUGCUCAAAUUUGUUUUCUCUUAAAUAUAUGCAGAAGAAUUAAGCGGUGCAAAGCUUUUUUAGUGCCAUACAGAAAAAAAGCUUCCUUUUUUUUUUUUUCUUCCAGGGGAUUGUUGUGGGGUUUUUUAAGAACAGAAUCUCAAAUCUUAGUUCCAUGACACAGUGGCCUUUAAAAACCUCCCUUUAUUUUUCUUGCAUCCCAAAAUUCAUCUUUGUUUAGAACUUAUAUUGUUUUGUGUUGUUCAUGCUGUGUGAUAACAUUAUUAAAGCAGAGGAUAGACAAAGUGUCUAAUUUAGAACAAACAAUUUAAAGUGUAUUUUGUAACUUGGUACCAUUAGAUUGAAAUUUAUAAUAAUUCAUUCCAUAAACAAUACAGUGUACAGAAUAAGAUACUGUGACUACCUGAGACUACAAAUGUAGCCUUCAUUCUUGCUUCCAAAUAAAAUGCAAAUACAGUAAUAAUUCUCCUCUUAUUAGGUAUUUCAAUGUAAAUUGCUUUUAGUGAACAUUUUAUUAAAAUUGAAUUUAAUUAUUUUAAUAGGUAAAAUACAUUAGAUUCUGUAUUUUAAACCUCCAUAUUCACAACUGGAUAAUUAAGUGCACUUAAUGGUGGAAGUGUAGGGAAAGAAAGGUUUGAUUACUAUUUAAGCUUCCAAUGAACUCAAAGAAAUGUCACAUCUUCCACUUUCAAAGGACACAGGCUUGGAAGGGCUGCCAGUUUUAUACUCUAAGGAACUUGGGUCCCUAAAACAGUACAUGCAAAAUCCUUGUUAAAACAGCUUAAUUACUGGAACAAGCACUGCAUACCAUUUCAGGAUCUGAGAAUGUAUGCUGGGGAACAAAAUAAACAAACAGCCUUAUAAAUAGUGUAGCCCUAAUUUAUAAAGAGGAAUAAUUCCAUCGGUAACGUUUUUACAAUUUACAUCUAAGUUUUCACCAUGCUUAUAAAAAAGAAAGACUAUAAGACUGUUUUCAAAUAGAGGCCCUGGCAAUAUGUAACAGUUUCUUCCAAAAUACCAAUACCUUUCCAGUGAAGUUCUCUAUCAUUGUUUCCAAAAAGAAUACAGCUGUAGAUGGUACAUGCUGUCAUAUAGGUGUGUAGUCAUGGGAAUGUGAAAUUUCUUACUAAUUCUCUCAAAAGUAUGAAGGAGGUAACUUCUCCGUUAAUGUCUGAAAAUUCUGUUGUUAAGUUUUGGUGGGUGAUACAACACUACUGCACUCCUAAUUCAUGCCAUCUGCUCCUACUUUCUGUCUCAAGGUUACCACUCAGAUUAUCUCUCCUUUAGCUAUUUAUACCUGCAAAGGAGCAGUAUUAACCUUCAGGAUACAUUCUACAGAGAGGACCCAUCAA